GCACCGCGCCGGAAACUCUGAUCCACUAGCUGACGCCUAGAUACGCGCAUGCGUCGCUUUCAGAAUCCGAAAUCCUCGAGAGUCGUGGCGUGGGGGUGGCAGUAAGAGAUUUAAACAUCAUUCAAAAUGGGGAAACGUCAGCAUCAGAAGGAUAAAAUGUACCUGACAUAUACAGAAUGGACAACUCUGUAUGGUGGAAAAAUGUCUGGUACUUCAUCCGAUUCUAGUGAAGAUGCCACAUUUCGAAAGCUACCUUUUGAUCACUGUUGUUUGAGUUUGCAACCAUUUGAACAUCCAUACUGUGAUGCUGAUGGAAAUGUAUUUGAACUUGAAGCUUUAGUACCAUAUCUUAAGCAAUAUAAACAUAAUCCAGUAACUGGAAAGCCUUUAGAUACCAAGACUUUGACAAAGUUGAAUUUCUUCAAAAAUGCACAAGGCGAAUACCAUUGUCCAGUCUUGUUUAAAAAUUUUUCAAAGCAUUCUCAUAUUGUUGCAGUCAAGACUACAGGCAAUGUUUUUUCUUAUGAGGCAGUUGAACAAUUGAAUAUCAAAACUAAAAAUUGGAAAGAUUUAAUGAAUGAUGAACCUUUUACAAGAAAAGAUCUUAUUACUAUUCAAGAUCCAAGUAAUGUUAGAAAAUUCAACCUUUCAACAUUUCAUCAUAUAAAGCAUAAUCUUCGUGUCGAUGAUCCAGAUGCCAUUAGGGACAGUAAAGAUCCACAAGCAAGCUUGAAAACUGUGUCAAACGAAACAAAAGAAAUUCUAGGAGAGUUGGAACGUGAUUAUAAACCAAAAGAGCAAGUUAAAAAAGCUGAAAAACCUAAAGCAGAUAAAUUUAAUGCUGCAUCUUACUCUACUGGAGCAGCUGCAGCAAGUCUUACAUCUACAGUGAUGCCUAGAGUUACUACAGUAGAUGCUGCUGUUUUAGACGAAGAUGUUGUUCGUUAUGAAAGAGUAAAAAAGAAAGGAUAUGUGAAACUUCUAACAAGUCAUGGGGCAUUAAAUUUAGAACUGCAUUGUGACUUGAUACCAAAAGCUUGUGAGAAUUUUAUAAAACAUUGCCAAAAUGGUUAUUAUAAUGGUACAAAAUUCCACAGAUCUAUUCGAAAUUUCAUGAUUCAAGGAGGAGAUCCAACGAACACGGGGAAAGGUGGUACAUCUAUUUGGGGUAAACCAUUUGAAGAUGAGUUUAAAACUAAUCUUGUACAUAAAGGUCGUGGUAUUCUUUCUAUGGCCAAUUCUGGAACCAACACAAAUGGAUCUCAAUUCUUCAUCACAUUCCGAUCGUGUCAGCAUUUAGACAAUAAACACACGGUCUUUGGAAAAAUUGUUGGUGGCAUGGAGACUUUGAAUUCUAUCGAAAAAAUUGAAGUAGACAAUAAAGACAGACCUAUUGAGGAUAUUAUUAUUAUGACAGCUCAAGUAUUUGUUGAUCCUUACGAGGAAGCAGAUGAGCAAUUGGCAAAAGAUAGAGAAGCAGAAGUAGAAAGGAUAGCUAAGGAAGCUGCAAAGAUAAACGCUCCAAAAAGAAAGGAGGGAGAGGAAGCUUUAAAAGUUUACCGAGAAGGGGUGGCAAAAUACCUUGAUCCAAGUGUGCUUAAUUCAAAUUCGAAAAAAGACGAACCAUCAGCAGAGAUACCCAGAAAGAAAAAGAAAAUAGUGUCAAGUAAUUUCAAUUUUUCUUCUUGGUAAUUAUGCGAUGACUUGUUAGACGUAAAUGCUAUUUCUCGAUCACGUGUAUAUACUAAUUGUAAAUUGUGAUUAUUUGUUGACAUGAAGAGUAUAAAGUUAAAGUUUUAUUUUCUAAUUUUCAUAUUUAUUUUAUUUUUACCAACCACAAAAUCAUUCAUAAGUUUAGCAUUUACAUAGCUUAUCUAAAAAACAAGAAGAAAAGUUGUGCAGUCUAUAACACGGUCUGUCGAUAUGCACCUGUCUGAUCAGCGUCCGUCCAAUAUAUAGCUUGAUCUCUCCUUUUCCGCAUGCGUGCAAUCUUGUUCUCUCGUGGAUAAGGCCUUCUUUGGAAACUCGUUUCACCAUCUGAAUGUUUGUACUAUAGAUCGAAAGAGGAUUUUACAGUUUUAUUUAGACGGAAAUUCCAUCGAGGAUGGCUAUAGGCUCCGGUUUCGCUUCGAUCAGCCGUAGUUCACGCUUGGAAUGUGUAAGCGUGUCAAUCGGAUGAUUCGCACUGUUUUCCACACUCCGCGUGGGCGGUUACAAAUGCGUGACUUUUAUGAAAGUCAUUGACUCGAUUAUAAUGUCAACGUUAGAAUAUUGAAAAAUAUUGAUUACAGUAACGCUAUCUGAUAAGAUUAAAUUUAUUUACUUGAUGAAAGACAUGUGUUAGAUUUUUAAAAUAAGAAAAGUUCUAUUUGAAAUGGAAAAUUUCAUUUAAUUUUACGGAAGAUUGUGGUGUUUAGAAUAGCUCUCAUCUAAAAAAUAUUUCAAAUCAAAUUACUUUUUUCAAGUAACACUAAGUUAUGCUUAUUUAAUUUUAACUUCACAAUAAUCGGCCCUUUUUAGGGCCAUAAAUAAUUUUGAACAUGUAUCUCAUUUCUUAUCUGCAUAGCGAUGCUAUAUAUUUUUAUUUCAUGAAUAUUACUAUAUUAUUUCGGUGUUAUGCGUAAUCUCCUGAAGUCGUAAAGAUACUCAGUUUUGCAAGUUUUGUCGAGACCAUGAUGUUCGUCAGCGUAUACAACUGUUUUAUUUAGUUUUUUGUAUCGAACGAUUGAAAAUCACAAGCUUUCGCAAAAGAUCGACAGUUCUGCUCGUACCUAUACGUUCUUUUAUUUGCUCAACGACAUCAAUGGAACGAUUACCACUAGAAAUCGUCGUGCGCUAGAAGACCACCUGUCAAUAUAUUUUAAAAAUAGUCGACUCGAUCAAAUUUAAUGGCGAUCUAAAAUGUAAAUAAACUAAUUCACACAGAUCUAUCAAUAAAAACAUAAAUAAUAUGUUUUACAUAACUCUGCUUCGUAAAAAGCUAAUGUCAUGCUAUAAUUAUAAAGAUAAAAAAUCAGGCAAAGUUGUUAUUUUCAGUGAAAUAUUAUUAUUAUCAACGUUUGCGUUGAUAAUGCGUGCCAAAGUGCAAAUAAAUAAGAUAAAUUUGCCUGACU